GCAAGAAUCUGAAUUGAGAAUCCUUGCAGCCAUCAAUCGGGCAUUGUUGAGGAAAUCCUCAUGGCACCUGGGCGCAGUCCCGAGCGAGGCUCAAGCAGCAGCAGAUCUGCAUCGGAUGAGGAACAGCCGCUUGUGACCGUGGUCCGUGCUGAACUUGUUCGUGGGCACCGCCCAGUGGUGGUUUCAGAGGUGCCUGUCUACAUCGGACUGAAAGACAGAGACGGAAGGCAGUUUGAAGACAAAGGAAACUGCCAACAUGUGCAAUAUCGAUGGCUUCGAGGGCCAGUCGUGAAGCCUUGCUUCUACCACCCUCACAAGCAGUCCAUGAUCAAAGAUGUAGCAAAGACUCACCUCUGCUAUUGUUCGAAGGAGUGCUUUUUGAAGGGGUACAACACCAUCCCCAAGACGCAGUGGGGCACAAAGGAUGAUGAUGAUGUAGACAAGGAAAUGCUUGCUGAGUGGGUGGAAGUGGCCACAACUCGGUCCUACUGCCCAAGCAAAGAGGACAUUGAUCGCCCGCUGCGUCUGCAAAUAACACCACUCACCAAGGGCGGCAUCAAGUCAGAGAAAGACGGCAUGACCAUUACAACUGGCACCGUCAUCCCAACUCCUCAGGAGGCACGCUGCCGUCGAACUCUGACCAACCAACGUGGUCAAAUCCAUGCAGAUUGGCUGAACAAGCAGUUCAAAGUGAUGAAUUGGAAUGUUCUGGCUGACCUCUAUGCAAAUGAAUUUGUCUAUCCUUAUUGCGAGAAGUGGGCCCUCUCGUGGACCUGGCGGAAGCAUUUGAUCAUGAAGGAGCUCAAGUCGAUGGCAGUUGACAUCAUCACACUACAAGAGGUCCAGAAGGAUGCAUACGACGAAUGGUUCAGGCCCCAGCUGUUGGACGCAGGCUACGAAGGUGUCUUUCAGCAGAAGAAGCGGGAUCCAAUCUUCCAUCGUGGGAAGUACACAGCAGAAGGCUGUGCGACUUUUUACAAAACUACUCGAUUCCGCCGAGUUGACAAGCAGGUCAUCGACUACGACCGUGAAACAUCCACUGAAAUUCGAAAUACUGGUGAUGACCAAAGGUGUCUUCAAAGGCUAUCCAAAGGAAAUAUCGCUUUAGCCGUUAUGUUGGAAGAUCUGCAGAUCAAAGCAACCAACAGCUGCCAGGCUGGGCCCAAUGGUGGUCAUUGCCUGGUUGUUGUGAACACUCACAUCCUUUGCGAUCCAAGCUCUUCCGAUGUGAAGUUGUGGCAGUCCUACUUGCUGGUGAAUUCCCUCAAGCAUUUGGGCUGGAAUCAUUGGCCUCUGCUCCUUGCGGGUGACUUUAAUUCCACUCCUGAUUCAGCUGUCUAUGAAUACCUCAAGAAGGGCAUGAUCAAUGGGGCUCACGAGGAUCUUCGACAUGAUCCAUCAGGAUUGCUCAGCAGGUUCAGAAUGCACAUGCACCACAACCUAAAGUUGUCUACUGCCUAUGCCACUUGCACUGGUCAUGAGGCAAAAUUCACAAACUACACAGAGGACUUCAAGGGCACCCUUGACUACAUUUGGUUUUCACCAGAGGUGCUCCAGGUGGUGGCAAUUACACAGGUGGAUGAAGAAAGCGAGCUGAGGAAGGAACACGCACUCCCUUCAAGCAACCGCCCAUCUGAUCAUGUGUCGCUCGUGGCUUCGUUUACGUUCAAAGACGAACCAGAACCGAAGGCUCGACACAUGGGCGGGGCCCACUCGUACCAUCACAUUACCAGCCUCACUGCACCAGGACCUUGGGAGUAUGGCAUGUGCUAGGCCAUGUGGAGGCGAAAAUACUUCAGGCUAAUGAAUGUGUCCAGUGCCUUCGAGGACUGGUUUGCAACUUAACUGGCUACGUCGCCGGACAGUGUCUCAAAAGCUCCAGGUUGCCAAAAUUUCUGACAUCCCGGUGAUACGGACUGGGAAAAAACAACAUUUAGAGGACAGUCCUGCCACCACCCAGUUUGGGAGGAAGGCUUUUUGAGCAUCAUGGCGACCAUCACUUGUUUGCCCAAGAAGUACCAAGAUUACAAGGUCUUAAAACUACGUAGACUAUUUUGUGCAGCCCGCAAUGGUAGCAGGGCUUCGCAAACUCAGAUGUCUGGCGAAUCUGUCAGCAUCUCCGUUCCCAGUAGCUAGGACAGUAGCUAGGCACUCAGACUUAUUCUCUGAAGAUGAGCAAUAUGCUCAGCAAUAGUUUGUUCUCCAACGGAUUGGAUGGCCAUUUGAACG